GAGGAGAGGGAGAGGAGGGAGAGGUGAUCGGAGCAGGCACGUCGCACUAUCAACUGAAUCCAUCUUGGAGAGCAGCUCGCAGGGAGUCUGAGCUUUGAGCUGAGCAGGCAGAAGAAGAGUUAAACCUGUUUUUUUUUUUUUACUGCGCACACGAACGGACGCAGUUGGCCGCGGCAUGGCCAGGGUUGGAUCAGGAGAGCGCGUCCUGGCUGCGCGGAGACUGUGUGCAAGCGGGGAGCCGCGUUUCUGUGUCCCGGUGCGCCACGGACUGUGCUGAGUGGAAGCGGCGGAGCUCACUAACUCACUCUCACACUCACACUCAGUGAAGAAAAGUGCGCACGGAGGACGAGAGAGAGCGCGGCAGGGGGACCCAUGCAGGAUAAUAAUAUGCUUUUCCGGGGAAUCGCCGGGUCCAAGCCGCUGAUCGGAGCCCUUUACGCACGGACUUACAGAGAGAGCGAAUGAAGGACGGAGGCUCGGAGAGAGAGCAAAAGUUAAAUGCGUUUCUGGGGAUCGAGAUGGACACGGGGUCGCCAAAGGUCUCUGGAUCCAAACGUCGCCCCCCGUGGGCUCUGCGGUGGUCUGGGACCAGCAGUGUGUGACGGACAGGCGAACGAAGCCUGUGGUGGCCUUCUACUGUGCGUCUUCAAAUUGGCUCUGGCUGAGCUCUGCAUGGAACAGGGAGUGAAGGGUCCUGCUAUUGUUUUGACGUCUCAGCAUGGAUGGGGUCGCCACCACAAAUGAGGCCUUCGUUCUUCUGCUGAGGACUAGCAUUUACAGGAUUACUGUCUUUGUUACCCACUCCGUUCCCAACUAACUGCGUUGUUGCUCGAUUGUCCUUUGUUGGACCUUGUUUUUUUUUUAGUGGAUACCUAAAGUUUAUUGCCUUUUUUCGGGGAGGGAAAGUCUUUUUUAUUGUUGGUUUAAAUUUUGUCUUUUAUUUUUCCACUAUGGAGUUUCUGGCUGGACCGUGGAAUAAAGAUUGGGCCUCGUUUUUGCAGUUUUGGUUGACUGUCAUCCUAAGCCUUCAAAUGCAGUUCAGCACAAUUGCUUCAUGUCCCCAAGUGUGUCGUUGUGACAAAACGUUUAUAUACUGCAACGAACGCAGCCUGACAUCAGUGCCUAUGGGGAUAGGUGAGGGGUAUAGAAUCCUCUACCUACACAACAACCAGAUCAGCAAUGCUGGGUUUCCUGUGGAAUUUCACAAUAUAGAAUCCAUAGAAGUUGUUUCUCUAUAUGGCAACCAGCUGGAUGAAUUCCCCAUCAAUCUGCCCAAAAACACAAGAGUCCUGCAUCUUCAGGAGAAUAACAUUCAAACAAUUUCCAGAGCAGCUUUGGCUCAGUUAAGUAAACUUGAAGAGCUGCACCUCGAUGAUAACUCCAUCUCUACAGUAGGGGUAGAGGAAGGGGCCUUUAGGGAGGCACAAAGCCUUAAGCUCCUUUUUCUUACCAAGAACCACUUGAGCAGUGUUCCUAUUGGCCUUCCUGAGGAGUUGAAGGAGCUGCGCUUGGAUGAGAACCGCAUUGCUGUUAUAGCAGAGGAGGCCUUUCAGAAUGUGACAGGUCUGCAGCGCCUCCUGCUGGACGGGAACCUACUGACGGAUGAGGGCAUUGCGCCAGGGACUUUCAGGGAACUGAGCUCUCUUCAAGAGCUGGCCCUGGCUCGAAAUUCCCUCACCUUUCCUCCGCCCCUCUUACCCAGCCAGUCACUGGUCAAGCUCAGUCUGCAGGAGAACCUGAUCAACCAGAUCCCUGUGGCAGCCUUUGCAGACCUUAACAGACUAGAAAGAUUGGAUAUUUCCUCCAACCAGCUGCAGACUCUUACGCAGGGAGUAUUUGAUGGGCUGUCAAGCCUGAAGAGCCUCAUGGUGCGUGGCAACCCCUGGCGUUGUGACUGCUCUGUGAAAUGGGUGGUGGUGUGGCUCAAGUCUUUACCAUCCUCCAUCAAUGCCCGGGGAUUUGCGUGUAGCAGUCCAGAGAAGGUGAAGGGCAUGAUAAUCAGAGAGCUGACAUUGGAUAUUAUAGAGUGUCCUAUUUUCCCUGACCAGACGCCCUGGCCAACCCUUCGCUCCACACCUCCUCCUCCACCCACCACCUCCCCUAUCACCACCAUGAUCUCCACCCUCAUCACCACAUCUAACCCUUACUACUUUGACUCCCCCUCCCCUCCCUUACCACCUAUCCAUAAUAACCCCCCAGGACCACUUCCUCCAUAUGAGGAUCCCCUUCAAAUCUCCUUCCACGUGGUCAACUCCACCAACAUUGAAGUGAGCUGGGCGUCCUAUUUCAAAGUCACAGCCUACAAAGUUACGUGGGUGAAAAGGAGCCAAAGCCAAAAUGAAGGGAUGCAGGAGAGGACAGUGAGUGGAGAUCAGCGCCAUCUAAGUCUCACCAACCUCGAGCCCCGUUCGGUGUAUCGGAUCUGUGUUCAUGUUCUGGACACCCUCAACUCCUACAGGCCGGGGGAGGAUACUAUCUGCUCCGAGGCUAGGACCAAGGCGCCUGCUUCUACUAAGCCUCCGGGGCGUGAGCAAGCCCCGCAGGACAGCCUGAACUCCACACUGCUUAUGGCUGGGAUUAUAGGCGGAGCAGUUCUUAUCAUCCUAGUGACACUGUUGGGCUUAUUCUGCUGGCACAUGCACCGAAAGAGUCGGUCUGCUUCUACUAAGUGGAAAUACAACCGUGGUCGGAGAAAAGAUGACUACUGCGAGGCAGGAACCAAGAAGGACAACUCCAUACUGGAGAUGACCGAGACCAGUUUCCAGAUAGUGGCUCUGAACAAUGAACAGCUCCUCAAGGGAGACUUCCGUAUUCAGCCUAUCUACACGCCCAACGGGGGCAUUGGAUUUAGAGACUGUCACCUCAGCAACAACAGCAUAGCCUAUUGCAAGAGCAGUAACGUGCCCAGUACAGAGUUCUGUCACACGUGAUGCAGCCCUCUUACUGACACGUACAUGAAACAACUGCUCACAUAGACACUGUUUGUGUAGAUGACAUCUAAAAAAAAAAAGUUCUAGUGAAAUAUUACUGUACCAUAUAUAUUUCCAAGAUCCAUCUACAAUGUAAUUUAUACUGUGGAUAAUAAUGUGGGAUUCUCUGCUAUCUUUUCUAUUCUUAGAAAAAGAGACACAAGUGUUUUCUUUCUUUUUUUAUAACCAGCAGGGUUUUGAAAGUCGUUUCAAUGGUCAGUACUGUACAAGAACAUGGGUUUGUACAAUCACAACACCCCGGGUGUAGCUCCCGAGAGAACGUAGCGACAGCCUCGGAAAUGUAAGAGCCACCUUAGAGGGCUGGGAUCCUUUGCUAACCACAGAAAAAUAUAAGGCCUUUUCUGGUGUAUAGUACCUAUACCCCAAAAUGAUCAUCCCCCUUCGUUAGGUUUGCCACCGUGGAACAUAACGUGGAUUUUAAAACACUUCUUAUUGCAGUGUUUUUAAGGAAUAUGAUACUGUUUGUUUCUAGAAAGUAAAAUAAAAAAGGAAUUAAAGUGCACUUUCUUAUUAACAGCAGCUAGGCAGGAAAUAAGGCAGAGGUGGUGACCACUUGCAGGUCGACAUGGAUGGAAAAAUGUAAUCUCUGUGGUAAUUAAAUUUCCCAAAAGUGCCACCCUAUUAAAAAAGCAUGUUGUUGUGUUGCUUUACAGAAAAUAAUUGUAUGCUUAAAAGCAACAAAGGAUCUCUUUUGAAUUGUAAUUUGCCCUUAUACUACUUUUUAAAUGAUUUUGGCCACAAGGGGGCAGGUUUUCAUCCAACCGUGUGUGGGACCAAGUAAUGUUAGUGAGGCCAGUGAGAUCACAUUACCUCCAGCAUUCCCCCAGAGCUGAUUACCCAGACAGCAUUACUCAUGCUCAGGCAGCAUUGUGUGAAGUAUUUAUGCUCGUCAAGCUAGUUAAUGACAUGGAAAUAAUUUAACACUAACAGUAUUUUCAAUGUUUGGUGGCUAAAUGUUAAAGAUUUUUCACUGCUUUCUACUACAGCAUAAAGAUUCCUCUGAGAUUGGAGCAAAAAAAAAUAAAAGAAAGGAUGAUGAAUUUGGAUAUGUCUCACACAUGACGCUAAUUAUACACCCACAUAUUUCAUCCUUGUCCCAGCGUUUAUUAGACAUAGUGAUGAAUUAGGAAAUUACUUUGAGCUCACACCCCGCCCGUGAUCAUAUCCAGAGCCAUGACCGAGAACCUCGUCUAUCUCAUCAUUAUUUAUCCCUUUGUCCCCGCUCACGAGACGCCUUAUUUGAUUUUCAGUUUGCUCGUCUCGAACAAUGCACCUGCUCUCUUUGCGGCAGUAGUAGCUGAAAGGAUGAUUCGCACUCUGUCCAACCCGAUUUACCCUCCAUUCCAGGCUGCAUGCUCUGAUCCCUGCAUGGGCUCAAUUAAAACCUUUUUCCUGCCCCUGGGCUCAGACGCUGCGGCGGCAGCUCUUCAACAUGUGAGAGGUCUCCAUUUAUGCACUUAGGACUUUAUUUGAUCUGACACAAUUUGAUUUUAAGGGGCCAAGCUUAAAGAAUUCCCACCCACCUCUUUUCUCA